UUUUCCUUUUUGCAUGGAACUGUCACUUGCCGCUUACCUCACUCACUCACUCUUCUCUUCUUCUUCUUCUUAUUCUUGUUCUUCUUCUUUCAAUUUGAAUUCAACUCUAACUCAAUCCCUUUUCAAUUCCAACUUUUUCCCUCUCCAUAACUCAACCCUCUUUUUCUUCUCACUAACCGUACCCAAACCGUAGACAAAAUAAAAUACCUCUGUUGCAUUCACGAUCAUGGACUCAAACAAUAACGACCCCCAUGAUCCAGACGCUGAUGCAAUGUUUCGAUUAUAUUUGCAUGAUUAUUUGAUCAAAAAGGGAAUGCAUAAUACCGCUGAGAUUUUCAUGAAUGAAGCCGAGGUUCAUAAAAUCCCCACAGACAAGAACUUUUUGGAUACGGUGCUUGAUUCUCCAGAUGGAUUCCUCCAUGACUGGUGGUCUAUUUUCUAUGAUGUAUUUAGGUCUAGACAAGGAAGGCAUCAGCAGUCUCAGCCAGAGUUCUCUAGUAAGGUGGUCCCAAAAAUGAUCCAUGCUGCAAGGAAUAGUUCCCCUUUUAGAAUCCCUCAAAUGCCAAUGAAUGAGCAGAGAUCUCAACAAUUUCAAGCCAACCCCAGCUUUAACAACAUAAUGGCACAACCAACUGGUUGUUUGAUAUCUCCGAGACUGUACAAUAAAGAGCAACUUGGAAAUAUUGAUCCACGUUUGCUUGCUCUUAUCGGAGCAAAUAACCCGAAUUUCAUGGCAGGGACUAGUUCAAAUAAUCCAUCGCAAGAUAUGGGCAAGCAGGUCCAGAAGCAAGCCUUUAAGGAAAAUGGAAUUGGUAUGCGUGUGGGAUUUACUUCCAGAGGACCUCAAAAAGCAAUGCUGCCUUUAGAAAGACCUCAUGAAACAAAUAACUAUGACGCUCCUAAUGUGGUGCCAACAAAUGGUUUGCCAUUAAAUGACCCACGACUAACUUCACUUUUGCAAAUACCAAACUAUCCACAGCAGUGUCAAGUGUUGAACACACAAAAUCAGGACGCAAUCCUUACUCAAGCACUUGCAAGUGCUCCUAACAAUCAGCCUUUCACAGCUCCUGGAAACUCUAGCAAAUGUAACAGUCAAUAUCCAGAGAUUCCCAAGACUGAAUCAAGUAAUAAGGAUAAGGAGAUGAUGGGCCAAACAGUUAGAGCUGGAGAACCUCAAUGCAAGCAGGAUCAGCAAAUGCAGUCCCAAAAUAUUGAUAAGGGCAGAAAGAGAAAGGUAAGAGCAUCCUUAAGACCUGAAGAAUGUGUCCGGGACUGUGUGGAUGCGGCAGAUGGAAAACCAGCGGAUGAAAAUGUGGAGUCCUACCUUUCUAUUGAAAAUGGGAAUGCUGAUCAUAGAACGUUGCCGUUCAGCAAUCUGAAACGUAUUUCAGCAACAAACAGCAGAAAUGAAAAUAAAGGUUUUUCAUUCCAAGAGGUUGGAACCCUUCACUCAUGCAAAAGCAAGGUUUUAUCCAGCCAUUUUUCAUCAAAUGGAGAAGUUUUGGCAAGUGCUGGACAUGACAAGAAGAUUUUUAUUUGGAACAUGGAAACUUUUGAAUGUGUUUCUACUGAAGAAACACAUUCACUCCUCAUUACAGAUGUCCGGUUUAGACCAGGGUCAACUAUAUUUGCAACAUCUUCCUUUGAUAGAUCUGUAAGACUAUGGGAUACUACUAGACCAGCCAAAUCAUUGUUAAAGCUUACUGGGCAUUCUGAACAAGUAAUGUCACUGGACUUCCACCCAAGAAAGGUGGAUCUUCUUUGCUCGUGUGAUAGCAAUGAUAUAAUUCGUGUGUGGAAUGUGAACCAAUGUGCUUGCUUGCAUGUAAUUAAGGGAGGUAGUAAACAAGUUAGAUUCCAGCCUCUUUAUGGGAAGCUUCUAGCUACUGCUACUGGAAAUAAUGUCAAAAUAUUUGAUAUUGAGACUAAUAGCCUUCUGUACCAUCUACAGGGACAUGAUAAAGAUGUUCUUUCUAUUUGUUGGGAUAGAAGUGGAAAGUAUAUUGCCUCUGUCAGUGAAGAUAGCGCACGGGUUUGGUCGGACGGAGAAUGCAUUAGUGAGUUGCCUUCAAAUGGGAACAAGUUUCAAUCAUGCAUAUUUCAUCCGGCAUAUUGUAAUCUCUUAGUCAUUGGUGGCUAUCAGUCCCUUGAAUUCUGGAGUCCAACUGAGAGCAGUAGAACAUUGUCAAUCAUUGCACAUAGGGGGUUAAUUGCUGGACUAGCAGAUUCACCCGAAGAUGAAUUAAUUGCCUCGGCUAGCCAUGAUCACGUGGUGAAACUGUGGAAAUGAGAAUUUUAGUGCAUGUUUCUGUGACAGAAAGUUAAUCGUUGUGGAUUUUGUUUGACAGUAUUUCAUUUCCUGCUACAUUUUUUGGGAUUGAUUAGAUAAUCUAUAGUUAAAGGUUUAACAUUACAUACAGUAUUACAGAGAAAAAUACUGGUAAAAUACCAAUAUGUAUACAGGAUACUGUAGAUUGAGCCGAUCUAAUACAGAUUCAGUGCACAAAUUUAGAAACUUC